CUUCUGCCGCCGCAGCCACAGGCACCUUCUCCUCCACUGUCCUCUUCUGUCCUCGCCUUCCGUCGGCUAUCAGGUGAUCCUCUAAGUAGGAUGGCUGAGCCCCGCCAGGAGUUUGACACAAUGGAAGAUCAUGCUGAGGACUACGCCCUGCUCCAAGACCAGGAUGGGGACACAGAGCCUGGCCUGAAAGAGUCUCCCCUGCAGACUCCUGCUGAUGAAGGAUCCGAGGAACUGGGCUCUGAGACCUCUGAUGCUAAGAGCACUCCGACGGCCGAAGAAGUGACUGCACCCUUAGUGGAUGAGAGAGCCCCUGGCAACCAGGCUGCCGCCCAGCCCCACAUGGAGAUCCCAGAAGGAACCACAGCUGAAGAAGCAGGCAUUGGAGAUACCCCAAGCCUGGAAGACCAAGCUGCUGGACACGUGACUCAAGAAGAGAUAAGAGUUCCAGGUGAGCAGAGGGAGGCCCCCAAGAGGCCCCUGGCCGAGGAGCUUAGCAUUCAAGUGGAACCCAGACACAGCAGAGAAGUUUCUGGGGUCUCAGUGCUGCCUCUGGGUGAAAAACAGUCAGAAGCUCCUGUUCCAGAAGUCGCCCACCCUCCUCUGCAGCCUCUCCUACCAGGAGGCCCUGAAAAACCCACCCAAGAAUGGGGACCAGAGCAUGGGGACCAAGCCAACGAGGCUCUACUCAUCUCAAAGCUCUCCUUCCCUGGACAUCUCUACACGGAGCCAGAGCAGGUCAAGGGUGUCCAGGAAAGCUUGCUCGGGGCACCAAGGUGCCAUGGAGGUGAAUCCUCGGAUCCAGAGACCCUGGGUCUCAACCUCCUGCACAUGCCCCACAUGCUUACGGCCCCCUUCCUGCCUGAAGGCCCUGCAGAAGCCACAAUUCAGGCUUUAGGGAAAGGACCCGAGGACCUGGAUAGAAGCCACCAAGGCUCUGAGCUGCUGAAGCACCAGCUUUUGGGAGACCAGAACAAGAAGGGGCCCCCUUUGAAGGAGACCCAGGGCAAAGAAAGACUGGGGAGUGACAAGGAGGUGGAUGAAGACCGCGACAUUGAUGAAUCGUCACCCCAAGAUUCACCUCCUUUCCAGGUGUCCCCAGCACCCAGUGGGCCACCCCCCCACGCUGUUUCCAGAGAAGCCGCCGGCGUCCCUGGUUUCCUGGCCAAGGGUGCCAUCCCACUCCCUGUUGAUUUCCUCUCCAAAGUUUCUACAGAGACCCUGGCCUCACCACCCGACGGGCCCAGCACAGGGCCCAUGGUGGAUGGGCAUGGGGCUGUUCCUGAGUUCACGUUUCACGUGGAAAUAAAAGCUAAUGUGCCGAAGGAACGGGCAUGUUCAGAGCUGGAUUUGGAAGGGGCUGUACUUCCGGGGGCCCCAAAAGAAGAGCAAGAGGCCCUGGGCCCUUCUGUGGAAGAGGCCACAAAGGAGGCUGACCUUCCUGAGACAGCUGAGAAGCAGCCUGCAGCUGGCCUGCCGGGUAGACCUGUCAGCCGGGUCCCUCAACUCAAAGCUCGCAUGAUCAGUAAAGGCAAAGACGGAACUGGGAAUGACGAUAAAAGAGCAAAGACAUCCACACCUUCCUGUGCUAAAACCCUGAGACAUAGGCCUUGCCUUAGCCCCACACACUCCUCUCCUGGUAGCUCAGACCCUUUGAUCAAACCCUCCAGCCCUGCUGUGUGUCUUGAGCCAACUUCCUCUCCUAAACACGUCUCUCCUGUCACACCCCGAACUGGCAAUUCUGGAGCAAAGGAGAUAAAAUUCAAGGGGGCUGAUGGCAAAACUGGAGCCAAGACCGCUACACCCCGAGGAGCAGCCCCUCCAGGUCAGAAAGGUGCCGCCAACGCCACCAGGAUUCCAGCCAAAACCACACCUACCCCGAAGACACCUCCCAGCACUGGUGAACCAGCAAAACCUGGGGAUCGCAGCGGCUACAGCAGUCCUGGCUCCCCAGGAACCCCUGGCAGCCGCUCCCGCACCCCAUCCCUGCCAACCCCACCCACCCGGGAGCCCAAGAAGGUGGCAGUGGUCCGCACUCCACCCAAGUCGCCAUCCUCCACCAAGAGCCGCCUGCAGACUGCCCCUGUGCCCAUGCCAGACCUGAAGAACGUCAGGUCCAAGAUCGGCUCCACCGAGAACCUGAAGCACCAGCCGGGAGGUGGGAAGGUGCAGAUAAUUAAUAAGAAGCUGGAUCUUAGCAACGUCCAGUCCAAGUGUGGCUCAAAGGAUAAUAUCAAACACGUCCCGGGCGGCGGCAGUGUGCAAAUAGUCUACAAACCAGUGGAUCUGAGCAAGGUGACUUCCAAGUGUGGCUCGUUAGGCAACAUCCACCAUAAACCAGGAGGUGGCCAGGUAGAAGUGAAAUCUGAGAAGCUGGACUUCAAGGAUAGGGUCCAGUCGAAGAUCGGGUCCCUGGAUAAUAUCACCCAUGUCCCUGGUGGAGGAAAUAAGAAGAUUGAGACCCACAAGCUGACUUUCCGAGAGAACGCCAAAGCCAAGACAGAUCACGGGGCAGAAAUCGUGUACAAGUCCCCCGCGGUGUCUGGCGACACGUCUCCGCGGCACCUCAGCAACGUGUCUUCCACCGGCAGCAUCAACAUGGUGGACUCGCUGCAGCUCGCCACGCUGGCUGAUGAGGUGUCUGCUUCCCUGGCCAAGCAGGGUUUGUGAUCAGGCCCGGGGGAGGUCAAUAAUCGUGGAGAGAAAAGAGAGAGAGAGAGUGUGGGAAAAAAAAGAACACUGACAUGGCCCUUUGCCUCUGCCCUCCCCCGCGCUGCUCCUCACAGAUGGGUACAGAGGGACACCACCUAACCUGCUUUUGUCGCUCGGCUCGGUUCGGGACUUCAAAAUCAGUGACAGGAAUAAGAGCAAAUUUCAUCUUUCCAAUUGAUCAGUGGGCUACUGUUUUUUAAAAUAUAUAAAAGCACCGCCACACCCAACAUUUUCUGGGCAAUUCUUUUUGACUCUUUUUGUUUCCCGAGUAGAAGAAAGUGAAGGAGAGGCUUAGAAAGCUGUUUUGGGGGAGUUUCAAGGGAGUGGGGCGCUCACUGCCUCUGGCCCCCUCCUGGGGGUGUCACGGGGCAGCAGCAACAACAAAGGGUUUGAAACUUGGUACUGGGGCCACAGGCAGAUGACAGCAGCCCUCGGAGGGGUGGCGGGGUGGGUCAGGGUGGGCAAGGGAGGAAAGGCUGGGUGCGAGGGACUGGAGAGGGGACACGGGCCCCUGCGGAGUGUCGGGGAAGGGCAGCGGGAAGGGCCUGCCAUCUCAGUGACCCACCGCGGUCUCCCACCUAUGGCUUCUUUUCUCUGUGUGGGUGUCGUGCGCCCCUCUGGAGGGUGUCCUGGGUGGAAGAAACAGGAGGCAGGGGAGGGACGGUCAGUGGGAGGGGCACCUUGUGGUUUACUUCUUCAGAGACUGACCUUUACGCCUCAGAAACCCAGCCUUUUUCUCCCUCCCUUGCAGGGUGGGAGUUCUGGGCCAGGCCGCGUCUCCCUUCCUGCAGAAACCCUGACGGUCAUACUGAGUUCUGAAGGUUUGGAACCGUAGCCCCGGGACUUGAGGGCUCUAACCAGUCCUCUCUGUAAGGACUUGUGCCUCCUGGGAGCUAAUCCUUCCCAGCCUGGGCCUCGGCAUCCAGGGAAUGUCGGGGAGGGGUAUGUCUGGGCGGUGGGUCCUGAUCCUCUCAUCCCUUUCAUGGCCACUGCGGCCCCUCUGCCUGUCCCUCUGCGCCCAUGUCUGCUGUGGGAGCCCAGUCACUGUCUUACCCCUCAUUACAUCAUACUGGCCAAGGGCCCUACCUUCCUCACUCCCGGUCAUGGACACUGGUUAGAUGUGGGGACACCUACUGCAGUAAGUGUCCAGGUACAAGGGCUAGGUUCAAUCUCUAGCUCUAAUUCCACUCAUCCAACUGAUGUGCCUGCCACAGGAAAUCUAGUGACCUCGUUUGGUUCUCUCCCCUCCUCCCAUCGCACAUGAGCCAAGGUGGGGCUACUCGGGCUUGAUCUUAGAUGUUUUUCGCCUCAUUAACUUGGAGAGCCGCCCCAGGUCUGCUCCCAGGCCUUCCUAUGUUGAGCUGGCAGCAGAAGGAAGGGUGUGUCCUGGUUGUCACCGAUGGCAUCAGGAUGGGCAGGCGAGACUUAGGGUAGGGUCACACUCCCUGUCCCCACUCCACCCAGCUUGUGCUUGCCAACCGUCAGAGUCCCAUGCCGUUCAACUCCACACACAUGGAAUCAGCCCUCCAAAGCCCCAAAUGAAGAAAGUGCCCCUUGGAAAUGGUUCUUACCCGAGUCCCAGCCGGAAGUGAUGCUGUCUGGUCUGUGGGAGCAGCUGAACAUAUACAUAGAUGUUGCCCUUCCCUCCCCAUCUGCACCCUGUUGCAUUGUGGUUGGACUUGUCUUUUUAUGUUUGGAUUCACAAGAGUGACUAUGAUAGUGAAAAGGAAAAAAAAAAAAAAAAAAAAA